AUGGCAUCUCGUUCCCGUUUACGUCUGCUGUCCACCUUCCGGGUACCUCUAUCUACUCGUCGCUUUGCGACCGAGUCGCGGUUAGCCUCGGACCAUGUUCGCAUCGUCGAGGUUGGCCCUCGUGAUGGUCUACAGAAUGAAAAAAAGGCUAUUCCAAAGGAAACAAAACUGGAAUUGAUCGAGAAAUUGGCCAAGACAGGUGUCACUACCAUCGAGGCAGGCUCAUUUGUCCCCGCCAAAUGGGUACCACAGAUGGCAAGCACGGCUGAAAUCUGCGAGCAUCUUCUCACAUCUCCGCCUUCAUCUCAUAAUACAACAAUCGCAUACAACUACCUUGUCCCCAACAUUAAGGGACUGGAAAGCUUGGUGAAGAUCAUGGACUCCACUGGCGUUCCUGCCGAUGCACCGGGCUCGGCAACCAAAGCCGCUACCACCACCGAAAUUUCCCUUUUUGCAGCCGCCACAGAAGCUUUCUCUAAAGCUAAUACUAAUUGUACAAUUGCUGAGUCCCUGGAGCGGAUCAAGCCAAUCGUCGCAUUAGCCAAGACAAAAGAUAUCCGAGUUCGCGGCUAUGUAUCAGUUGCUCUCGGAUGCCCCUACGAAGGCCCCGAGGUGAGCCCAACCAAGGUGGCAGAUAUCACGGCAACCCUCCUGGAGAUGGGCGCCGAUGAGGUUUCGGUGGCCGAUACCACCGGCAUGGGAACGGCACCCCGAACCGUAGAGCUUCUGAAAGCUCUCAAGGCUGCGGGGAUUGCCAACACUGACCUGGCGUUGCACUUCCACGACACUUACGGACAAGCCUUGGUGAAUACGAUUGUCGCACUGGAGCAUGGUGUCCGCAUUUUCGAUAGCAGUGUUGGAGGUCUGGGAGGAUGCCCGUACUCCAAGGGUGCCACUGGCAAUGUCUCCACGGAGGAUCUUAUCCAUACCAUCCACAGCCUGGGAAUGCAUACGGGUAUCAGUCUGGAGGAAAUGUCGCAGAUCGGGUCAUGGAUCAGUGGUGAGCUGGGCCGCAUCAAUGAUAGUCGCGCGGGCAAGGCAACCUUGGGUCGGCUGUCAAAAAUUUGA